AUGUCUGAAUACAAAAAGAUAUUAUCGCUUUUAUUAUUGGCCUGUUUAACUUCUGCAGCCAGUGAUGUUACCGGCUCAUUAGAUGGUAGUUCUAACAGUAAGAAUGUUGCCAAAAGAGAUGUAGGUGAUGACAUUGCUGGCGCUCUAUCUGAUGCCGCCAAUGUAGCUACUGAGAUUGCAUCCGGUGCAAGAAGUGUGGGAACUAAAAUUGCAUCUGGUGCAGUCAGUGUAGGAACUAAAGUUGCUUCUGACGCAAGAAGUGUGGGAACUAAAGUUGCCUCUGAUGCAAGAAGUGUGGGGACAAAAAUUACUUCUGGUGCAGUUAGUGUGGGAACCAAAGUCGCCUCUAAUGCAAGAAGUGUAGGAACCAAAAUCGCCUCUGAUGCAGAAAGUGUAGGAACUAAAGUUGCUUCCGACGCAAAAAGUGAAGGAAGUAAAGUCGCUUCUGAUGCAAAAAGUGAAGUAUCAAAGCACUUUAAAGACUCUCCUAGUUCUACAAUAGUAACUACCGAUGCAAAAGGUCAUAGUACGACACAAUAUCUAUGGUAUGUUAAAUCUACAAAUGCUGAUGGCUCCACAGUAACUGAUACUACCACCAAGGAUCCAACAGCUACAAAUACAGAAAGCCAUUCUAGCAGUGCCACAUCAUCCCAUCACAGUUCUUCAAAGAAUGCUGCAAUUAGACUAGGUGGACAAGAACAGAACUAUUAUUACUACCCUGUCGUCGGCUUAGCCGCAUUGUUAUUAUUAUAG